GGAGCGCGCAUGCGCCAUAGCGCCAGCGCUCUCCCCGGAUAGAGCGGGGCCCGAGCCUCUCCGCUCUGUAGGUUCCGCUCUUGCUUGCGCUCUCCCGCCGCCAUGUCGGCCACCAUCGAGCGGGAGUUCGAGGAACUGGAUGCUCAGUGUCGCUGGCAGCCGUUAUACUUGGAAAUUCGAAAUGAGUCCCAUGACUAUCCUCAUAGAGUGGCCAAGUUUCCAGAAAACCGAAAUCGAAACAGAUACAGAGAUGUAAGCCCAUAUGAUCACAGUCGUGUUAAACUUCAGAGUACUGAAAAUGAUUAUAUUAACGCCAGCUUAGUUGACAUGGAAGAGGCACAAAGAAGUUACAUCCUAACACAGGGUCCACUUCCUAACACAUGUUGCCACUUCUGGCUCAUGGUGUGGCAGCAAAAGACCAAAGCAGUUGUCAUGUUAAACCGAACUGUAGAGAAAGAAUCGGUUAAAUGUGCACAAUACUGGCCAACAGAUGACCGAGAGAUGCUGUUUAAGGAAACAGGAUUUAGUGUGAAACUCUUAUCUGAAGAUGUGAAGUCAUAUUAUACAGUCCAUCUACUGCAGUUAGAAAAUAUCAAUAGUGGUGAAACCAGAACUAUAUCUCACUUUCAUUAUACCACCUGGCCAGAUUUUGGAGUUCCUGAGUCACCAGCUUCAUUCCUCAAUUUCUUGUUUAAAGUUAGAGAAUCUGGCUCCUUGAAUCCAGACUACGGACCUGCAGUGAUCCAUUGUAGUGCAGGCAUUGGGCGCUCUGGCACCUUCUCUCUUGUAGACACCUGUCUUGUUCUGAUGGAAAAAGGAGAGGAUGUUAAUGUGAAACAAGUAUUACUGAAUAUGAGAAAGUAUCGCAUGGGACUUAUCCAGACGCCAGACCAGCUCAGAUUCUCCUAUAUGGCUAUAAUAGAAGGAGCAAAGUACACACAAGGAGAUUCAAAUAUACAGAAACGGUGGAGAGAACUUUCCAAAGAAGAUCUGUCUCCUGUUUGUGAUCAUUCGCAGAGCAGAACAGUGACUGAAAGGUACAAUGGGAGGAAAAUAGGCUCAGAAGAGGAAAAACUAACAGGGCUUUCUUCUAAGAUGCAAGAUAACGCCGGAGAGAACAAUGAGAGUAUUCUGCGGAAACGUAUUCGAGAGGACAGAAAGGCUACUACAGCUCAGAAGGUGCAGCAGAUGAAACAGAGGCUAAAUGAAACUGAACGAAAAAGAAAAAGAGACCACUUUUGAGAAGCAUCGACUUACUCUUUGUAGUCACUCAUUAGGCAUAGAUUUUUCAGACCCAUGAUGCUGUUGAUAUUUUAAAUGACUAUUUUAAAAAGUCUUUGAGUUUGGGAAGUUCAGGAGAGGAAGCCUGGGUAAGUUUCUCUAAAGCAUGUUUGGCUUACCAUGGUUAGCUUGGAUGAUCUCAGAAUGCUAGUGUAAAUGUCUCAUAGCAAAACAACUUUUUGUUUUUUGGUUUUUCAAGACAGGUUUCUCUGUGUAGCUUUGGAGCUUGUCCUGGAACUUGCUCUGUAUUCCAGUCUGGCCUAGAACUCACAGAGAUCCACCUGCCACUGAUUCCCGGGUGCUGGGAUUAAAGGCGUGCGCCACCAUUGCCCAGCUGCAAAACAACUUUUAAUGCAGUAUGACUUUCCCUUUGCCAUGGACCAGGGAAGAACAUUCCAGUGUUUACAGCAGCAGCAUGAAGACAGCUGAUACCCAGAACACCCACACAGCUCUUGAUUCCACUUGAUUUGUGUAGACCUGUUUUAUUUUUGCCUUAUUAGAAAUAAAGUGGUAAAGAUCUGUUCAAGUAAAUAAUAGAAUUUCCUAAAAAUCCCACUUGCUUUUAUAGUCUUAUAAAUAAAGCUAUUCCCUACGAUUUCCUCUUAACUUUGUUACCUCUAAACACUAUUUGCUAGGAAGUAAUGAGUUUUAAAAACAACAGCUUGUCUAUUAUUAAGUGGCAAAUUUAUUAUUCUUGGUAAAUGUGUGUUUAACCAACCAUAGGAAAGGGCAGCUGUGUGUGUGUUGAACAUCUGUAGCUUUGCCAGCAGCUGACACUUUAGAUACUUAAUCUAAAUCAAGGCUACAUGACACUUUAGAUAGAUAGUACCAUCCUUUAAGUCGGAAGUAAAUGAUAUACGAUCACCCUGUUUAGUGCAGAUAAAUUUGAGAUACAAACUCCAAGACUGGGGAUGUUCUCAUUAUGUCACACCGCUGUUCCUUAUUUCAAGUAUUUAUUUAAACCAGCCAUUUAAGUGGGGAAAAGAUAGACAGCCUAUUCUUAACUGAAAAUCCAAACAAAUUUCAUUUAUUAAGUGGGAGGGGGGAAUCCCAUUUAAAAUACUUUGCGGCGAUGAAGUACUAGAUGUCUUCGGUGCCAAAGCAUGGCUUCAUCCCCUCCCUGUUAAGCCCACAUUUGGCUGCAGUGGGAACCAACCACUUUGGUUCCAGGCUCUAGAGUCUUAAGUAAGCGUCAUGGUUUUUCUGUGACCCAUGACAUCUAAAGUGGUUGGUUUUUUUAAUGUCAGCGCUGAGUAAUCAGUGUUGGGAAAGAAGACCUAGUAGACCACCGCAGGAGCUGCUACCUUUUGAGGAACAAGCCAGUAGGCAAGAAGAAUCUUCAUUCUCUUGAUUGGGGAGGGAGACCCUAAAUGCUGGAGAGCUGUUUUAUUUCCUGUUUAUGCAUGCUGACACAAAAGUAACAAGCAUUUACUUUGGUAGCCUGUGUGUGUGUGAGAGAGAGAAGGAGGUGGGGUGGGGUAAGGGAGUCGGUGCAAAAAAAAUGGAAAUAACCUCCCAAAGGGUUUGCUUACUGAUAAAUAAUUGUGAAAUAGCAAAAGCUACUGCUUUUAAAAGUCACAGCCCCGUCUCUUUGUUUAAAUGCCUUAUCUUUUUUUUUUCUUUUUUUUCAUUUUACUUUUGGCAUUAAAAUGCACUGAACCUGUCAUGUUUUACUUACUUUAGUAGUUAUAGUCAUUAGUGUUAUCCUUCAGGAGAAAAUACAAAGGCUGAAAAUAGCAAUUGAAGUGUACAAGCCAACUUUAUGUCCAGACUUUCAAUUUUCUAGCAGUCUGACAGUGGUUGUCCAAACGGGAUUAGACUUUUGCAUUGAAAUCAGACUGUGGGUAAGUCUAACACAUAUAGUAAAAUCCUGCUCUAUUCUUGUGACUACAUUAUUUUUUAAACUUGUCUGUCUCUUGGUAAAUUAUGUAGAGGUCAUUUCUUAAGUAGGACAGGACGGCCUAAAAGACUGAGUGAUUAUUGAAGAGGUCUGUCUCACAGCACUUCUCCCUGGAAACCCGCCCUUUGGGGAAGCACUUGUGUGACUGGAUGUGAUAUGUCGGAUUGGUUUUGGUUGACUUCUCAGUUCAGUGUUAGUCCUUUCAUGUUUGCAUCUGUGUACAUCUCCGUGUGUGGUAAAUAUGAAUUGAAUAGAUGACUUCUUAUUUUAUGUUUUAGGCCAAGAUUGACAGACACCUAAAUAUUCAUGACUUGAGACUAUUCUGCAGCUAUAAAUUUUGAACCUUUGAUGUGCAAAGCAAGACCGAAGCCCACUCCGGAAACUAAAGCGAGGCGCGCUCACCCUGUAGAUCGCCUCACCGGUUGUCUGUUUACAAAGUAACAAAGUAAGCUUUACAUCCAGGGGAUGAAGACCACCACCAGCAGAAGACUCGCAAACCCUUUAAUUUGACGUGUUUUUUUAACAUGUAUGAAAUGUAGAAAAGAUGUAAAGGAAAUAAAUUAGAAGAGACUACUUUGUAUUGUACUGCCAUUCCUAAUGUAUUUUUAUACCUUUUGGCAGCAUUAAAUAUUUUUAUUAAAUAGA